AUGUUCAAGCUUCUUGAAUACGCCUAUGAAAAAAUUAAGGAAAAGCUAUCGAAAUAUAUACAUGGAGGCCAAAUUAAAGAAAGUAGCAGCUUAUCACGUUUGGAAAUCAGACUUGAAGAUGUUAAGAUUCGUCACACUGCAUUAGAUGAUUUAUAUCUUCCAAUUGCUGUCCAUAGCACUUCUCUUGUAAAGCAAAUAAUUCUUACUAUCACUCGAGAUCCGAAAAUUAAACUUGUUAUAGAAAAGCUCCGCUUGGUCUUAAACCCAAGUCCAAUCCGUAGCUGAACUCGUCAGCAAGCCCAAGAAUUUAAGCUGCAACGGCUAAGUAACUGAGAAGAAAAGCAAAGUUCAGUAUACAGUAGCCAAAGUUGGCUGUCAAAAAAUAUUUCAAAAUGAUUUAUUCCUGCACUUAAACAAGUGAAAAUAAAAAUCAAUCAUUUCAGAUUAAGUUUCUGCUAUAUGCGAAGCUGGUCGCUUGCUAUUGCUCUAAAAGGUAAUCUACCAUGGAAGCCGAUUCUUUUUGGAUUUUCGGUUAAGUUACCAUCCAAUAAUAAAUUCGCACCCUGGAAAGUGCUCAUAGCUCUGAUAAUAAAAAAAAACUAAUAUGAUAGGAAAUGCUAUAGCCUAGUCUAGGAAAACUUCAGAAUAAAUGAAAUAGCAAUUUUUGGUAGCAUAUCUAAACUUAAUAGUCCUACAAUUAAGAACAGGAGAUGGCUCCUACUACCUGCUCCAUAGGAAGUGUGCCAGAUCCUGUCUUCAGCAAUGCCAUUAUUUAUUUCUCUCAAUCAUUUAGGGAUAUAUUACCAAGAUACAGAAGCUCUGCAAAUUUUGGGAUAUCCUUGCUUAGUGAUGAUAUUAGUGAAUAAUAUUGAAAUAGUAAAAUCUAACGAAUUUGAUUCUGAUGGGUUUGAUUUAACAGCAGAAAUAAAGGAAUUUUCAAUCUCGAUGAUGUGUGAUCCAAUUAAUUUCGAAAAAGAUAGUGAUUUGGAGUCGAUAUAUGAUGAAAUGAAAGUAACUCCCCCAUUUUUAAUUUAAAAAAUUUUUUGAGAUGCAUUAUUGAAUUUUAUUAUCAUCUAUAUUAUUUAUAAUUCCAGUUAAGAUUUAAUCAAUUAUGAUAUUAAAUUGAUAUUAGAUAGAAGUUAUUAUUUACACCUUUAAAUAUUUUAGCUAAUUUAAAAGAGGUUAAUUUCGGUAUUUUGUCCCAUUUUAUAAAAGGAAUAAGUGAAAGAAAUUUUUUACUAAAACCUUGUGACAUAAAUAUAAAACUUACCCUAAAUGCCAGCGACGGGCUAAACGCAAUUGCACACAAAAUUUCAAUAACAGUAAAAAAUAGCAUUGAAAUAGCACUAAAUGAAUACCAAAGAUAUUUUAUUGAAGGACUAAUUUACCUAUUAAAUUCUCGAGGCCCUUUUAUGAAAUACUAUUCAUUCAAGCCAACUGAAUCAAUUAAAAUAGAAAAAGACAAAUGAUGGCAAUUUAUUGUAAAAUCAGCAAAAUUUGACAGAAGAGUCAACAUCAUGAACAUUUAUUUUUCGCAGAGAAAGAAAAAUCAAUACUUGGAGCUUUACAAAAGAAAGCAAAAAAUUGUCCACGCACCAUGGCUGCAGCCACUCAAAGCAGACGAAGAGGAAAAAAUAAGAGAAAUUGAAGAAUUGUUUUCGUAUGAUGAGCUAAUAGUUUUAAGAGCCAAAGCUCUCAAGGAUAUAAGACUAGAAGCAUGCGAAAUGUAUCCUUACAGUUUUGCAGAAAGUUCAAAAGAAAAUAAGACUUUAGAUGAAGUCAGAGAAGAAACCCAAAAGAAUGAAGAAAUUAAAAAUUAUUUUAAAGAAUGGCAUUCUCACUUGAUUGAGCAUCAUAAUAAAAAUCGUGGCGAAGAUAAUGAAGAAUCUACGCAAACUGCAGCGAAGCCAGAGAGUGAUACUGAGACCAAGCAUAACCUUUAUAUUUCAUGAAAUAUAGACAGGGUCAUUUUUUAUUUGCAAAGGUUGAAGUGCUCUUCAUUGCCAGCGUUUGCUAUAAUUUCAAAAGAAAACUGCUCUUGUUUUAAAUGCAACCCAGUUCGCCUCGAGAAACAAAAACAAAAAAGCUCUAAAUCUACUCAGAGACUGCUAACCGAUUACGGCACCACGGUUGGGAGCGAUGACGAUGAAAAAGACAUUUUUAAAAUCGAAGGCUUCAAAAGAAUGGGACCUCCAAGGAUAAGAUUGAUGCCCCUUAUAAAAAUGAGAGACACCGCCAUAGAAUAUGGUGAAGAAAUGUACAGCAUUGGGGCUGUAGGUUAUAAAAAUCAAUCUGAUGAUCCAUAUGAACCAAAUAUUGUAAAAGAGCAGACAAUCUUUAUAUUCUUAUUGCAAAAUCUAACAGGAGAAAUAAAAAUUGGAUCUGAUAAUAUCAAAACUACUACUCCAAUUAUGAUUGAAAACAUACAAAUAAUUGAUCCUAUGUCAUUUGCAUAUAAUUUAAAGCCAGAAAACAUAAAAUACAAGCAAAGAGAUACUAAGCCAGUAUGUGAUAUUUAUUUUUAUAAAAGUUGACUUGAUGAUGUCAUAUUUGAGCAAGGCAAAAUGAAUAAGUACCCAACAUGGUGUCUCAGGCAUUUUAUGAGAGAUGUUGGGCUACUUGAAGAAUUUGAAAUAAUGGCUCAUAUGAGAGAAGUCGAAAAUGAUAAAAUUGUUUGUGUAUGUGGGUCACAUUGGAGAUCAGCUAAAGCAAUGAUUGAAAGGUUUAUAGCUAGACCUAACAGUAUUCAUAUUUCUCCUGAGCUUAAGGCUACGUUUAAUAAAUCAACUGAUAUUGAAAAGCUUAAAGUCAUCGUUAAUUCAAUUGAGAAUUUUUUUUUAAAUGAGAUUCUACCAUUUUAUCUGAGAAACUGCAUCCGCUAUUUCUUUAGAUAUUUGCCUAUUUCCUAUAUAAGAUCAGAAAAUCCUAAUUUUAGCUUAACUCUUGAUAUUUCGAGAAAAAAAACUGAUCUUAAAGAAAGCAUUAGCAAUGGCAUAAUUGAUGUUGCUUUAUAUCCACUGACAAUUUUACUAUCAAACUAUGGACUUUCUUCUUUUCUCUCUUGAAUUAAGCUCCCAAGCCCUCCUGAAAUGAUAAAAAAGCCUAUUUUUCAAUCUACUUUUCUUAAGACCUUAGAAUCAAUCCCUCAAGAUGUAUCUUUUGUAUAUGAUAUUCUAAAAAAUUGGGAAAGAAACCCUAAUACUCUAUUAGCUGACACAUACCGAGUUUUGGAAGGAAAAAGCAAUUUAGAGAUAAUGGCUCAUUUUUCAAAUAUUACGAUUUGCUUAUUUGAAGCUAAAAAUUUUAAAUCAUAUAAAUCAGAGCCUAUAGCAAAUGUUGCGCUAUUAAAUACAAUUAUUCAUAAAGCAAAAAGGCAAGAAAUAGGUACUAUUCCGCCUACAGUUUAUGAGCAAAGGCAAUUUACAACUGAUAAUCGAUAUAUAGAUCCUGCAUUAUAUGGUGAACUAUCAAUAGAAAUUUCAGAAAUUAUUGUGAGCAUUAAUCAAUCAGUAAUUUUGAAUACAAGUUUUAAGGUCGAAUUAAAAGAAUGUGCUGCAAAAUCACAUCCUAUUAUGCCAGUCACUUUUAUUGAUGUAAAAAUCCCAUUCAUUGAAUUCUUAUAUAAGCCAGAAAUCCCUCCGCUUCUCUCUUAUAUUUUAAGCAUUGAAGUUGAUUCUCCGCUGCAAGAGAUAUCAGACUAUAAAGAAGUCUUUGCAAACAAAAUUGAAGACUAUAGGAAGAAAUUAUUUGAUUUGGAUAAAAAAAUGGCGACAAGGCUGUUGAUGAAAUAUCAAACUGACCAUUAUUAUUCAAAUAAACAGAGAUGUCGCCAUUGCUUGAUAAAGCACAUAAAAUUAAACAAAAUUAUAACAAUCUCUCUAGGAAUUGAAACCAAAAAUGCAGUAAAAAUUGAAAUAGAAACAAAAAACGAGCCAAACUUUCAAAUUAAAUUAGAGCAAGCUGUAGUAGUUAUUAAAGAAAAGCUCUUCACAAAAAGGGUCAAUUGUUUUAUUUCUGACAUUUAUGGGAGUAAUAAUCAUGGAGAGCAAUUAUUAAUUUCUCCAGGGACUGGACAUUUAAGCGUUUCCCCUUGCAUUCCUCACUAUUUACUUCCUUUUUUGCCAUUUUAUUCUCAAUUUUUUUCAACCCAAUCUUCUGACGAUUCUGUUCCAUUGUAUCAACUGUUUAAGAUGAAAGAAUUGAGUAAUACAGAUAUCUUUAUUGAAACAGCAUGAGACAAGAAAGAGCAACUUCCACCAGAAAGACAAUCCUUGCAAAAAUUUCCUAGUCAUCUUGCUAAAUCUGGGUCUCAUUUAUCUAAGUAUGGAAGGAAACAAAGUGCUUAUUUUAUUUUGGAUAACGAAGUCUAUGCUAAAAUUUUUAUUGAUUCUAUCCGCUUGCACAUCAUUUUAGAAAACUGUUCUUCUCCUUUAUUGGAGGCUUUGGGAAUGAUAGAGCAGUCCUUUAAUAUCGCAAACUCAUUUUCACUUAAAAAUAUGCCAACAGCUAUCAAAUAUAAGUCGAAAAAUGCCAGAUUUAAACUUAAUCUAAAAGAAAUGAACCUUCUCAUUAGCUUCAACGAAUUUCCCCUUGAAUUUAGCUUGAAAAAUAUAAAACUCAAUAAAUCACCCACAAAAUCAAUCCCAGACUUUUUGCAGUCCACCUUACUCCCACCUUCAAAUUGGAACAAAAAAUUUUGUUCCAAUUUAAAGGGGAAUUAAGAAAAUUUUUUUCUAAAAACAAUCAGUCUAAAAUUUUUAUAAAAAAAAAAUUUUCAAAAAUUUAUCAAAUUAGAUUUAUAAAUUUGUUUAAUAAAAUGCUAUUUACACUUUAUCCUUAAAAAAAAAAAGCAAGAUAUAACUAAAUUUUUAUUAUUAGUUAAUACACUACUAUUAACUGGUAUCAAAACUGUUUACACAAAAAUUAUUAUUUUUAUUGUAAAAAAAAAAUUAAAAAAAAAUUUAGAAAAUUUAUCGAUCAGAGUGCUAAUUUUGUUUAAAUAAGGUGCUAUUUAUACUCUACUCUAUAAAUAAAGUAAAUUUCCAAUUUUUUUUAAAGAAUUCACAUUGAAUUUAUAUCAAAAUUAUUUAAAUAAAAAAUAUUAUUUUAUCUAAAAUAAUAAAAAUUUUUGAAAUUAAAAUUUUUUACAAAUUUAGCAAUUAAGGAUAAUAAAUUUAUUUAAAUAAGAUGCUCUUUAUGCUCUCUUCUUUAAAAAGAGCAAUAUAUAACUAAAUUUUUAAUUUUAGUUAAGAAGAAACAUUUAAUUUAUAUCAAAACCUUAACAUAAAACUUAUGAUUUUUAUCUAUAAAAAUUUUUAUUAUAAAAUUGAAUUUUUCCAAUUUAAAGGGGGGCUAAUUUUCCAAAAAAACGAAAAUUUUACCUAUAUUUUGUUCCAAUUUAAAGGGGGGAGUUAGAAAAAAAUAGAGAAAAUUCAAUAACUUUUCACCAUGAAGUUGCAUUGAUAAUAAGCUCUUCAGCUAUAAAUGUUUUGGGAUGUCUAAACUGCAAACUAAAUGAAAUAGCAAUCAAUAUUCAAAACAUUAAAGAUACAAAAGCUAGGGAAAAUGGAGGAGAACUAAUAAUUAGUAGCUCAUCCGAACGCUGCAAGCUCAUAUCUGAAAUAAGGUCUUUUCAAGUAUUUACGCUAGAUGAGCCUCCAGUAUUAAUAUUAGCUUGCCCAAGUAUAUGCAGCAAUGAAAAAAUUGUCCCAACAGUUAAUGGUAAAAUAAAGAUUCAAGGAAGCUUUGAAGAUUUCAAUGAGGUCUUCGUUUCAAUUUUGGAUACCGGCAUUAUCAUUGAAAGCUCUAUUGUCAAAAAUUUUAUUCAAAUCGUGCACACGGCUAAUAUAGAAACCACAAUGAAAAUCUUCAAUAGUAAACAAGAAAAUUUUAGUCGAAACAUUCUUGUUAAAGAAAUAAAAAAAAAAUCAAAAAAUUCAGAUCGCCUGCAGCUCAUUAUAAAAGUAGCCACUGCUCUUAUUCAAAUUAAAAACAAUUCGACGCUUAUAGGGGUUUUAAAAUUUCAUAAUUUAUAUUUGCAUCAAAACACACCAAAAGAAAUUCUCAUUAAAUAUAUAGACUCUCUUACUAAAAACACAAUCGAUAUCUCGCCUUUAAAAGAAAACAUUUAUGAAUAUGAAGCCUCCUCCAAAAAUAUUCAUUUAUUUUUGAAAAAAAUUGAAAUUUUGCCUGUCAAAUGUCUUUAUUUCCAGCUUGUUGAUCAGAGUAAAGAUUAUUCAACUCUGAUUAACAUCAAUAAAGAAGAAAAGCAAAUAUUAAUCCUAAUAAAGGAUGCUAACUCUCACCCCUCCGUAAGUGAACAAAAUCAUUAGAAAAAUCCCUAUUUUUUGCCCAAAAACCCACCACCCUCCGUGAGUGAACAAAAAUGCUUUUAAUAUAAAAAAUUUUUUAUGAAAAAAAAAUUGAGAUAUAAGUAAUAAUCAGUAUAAUGAAAUCUAGAGCUAAUUCUUUAAUUUUAAACAAAUUGCGUUUUAAAACAUAAAUUUUAUAAAUUAAAUAUAUAUUUGCUUCCCAAUUUUUGCGAAUUAUAAUUUUUUUAAAAUUUUUGAAAGAUUUUUUUUAUAAAAUUCAUAUAUAAGUUUUUUUAAAGAAAAAAAUUAACCCCCCCUCCGUGAGUGGACAAAAUUUUUUUGUUCACUCACGGAGGGAGGGGGGGAGUAAGCUCAUAAUGGUUAACAGAUUCGUUGAAGAACUAAUUCAAUUUAUAAAAUCUAUUAACUCCUCCCCCCUCCGUGAGUGAACAAAAAAAUUUUGUUCAAUCAUUGUUAAUUUUUUUUUUUAAAAAAUUUAUAUAUAAAUUUUAUAGAAAAAAAUGUUUUCUCUCAAAAAUUUUAAAAAAAAUCCUAAUUUGCAAAAAUUGGGAAGCAAAUAUUUAUUUAAUUUAUAAAAUUAAUUUUUUAAAAUAAAAAAAAAAUUAGCUCGAGAUUUCAUUAUAAUAAUUAUCAUUUAUAUAUCAAAUUUUUUCUACUAAAACAAUUUUUGUUCACUCAAGGAGGGUGGGUUUUUGGGCAAAAAAUAGGCAUUUUUCCAAUGGUUUUGUUCACUCACUGAGGGGGGAAGAGUAAGGAUUUCGAAAAAAGUGCAAGAAAAAUUGCAAAACCUCCAUCAAAGAAUUACAUAGUGAGAGUUAUAGCAACAAAUGGAACAGUUUCUAUUCCAACGGAUUCCAGCGGAAAUGAUAUGGCAAUAGCAGUGUUUCAAGAAGUGAGAGUUCUAACAGGAGAAGGCGAUGCAAAGUUUAAAACUCCUAAAAGUAUUACAAGUGACGUAGAGUUAAUUGAGAACAAAUAUCCCAUUCAAGAUUCUUAUAACCCUUCAUCAUUUGUUUAUUGUGAUACAGUAAGCAUCAAAAUUCAUGGAGUCAAAGCUUUUACAAAAUUGAAGGAUAAAACCAAAAAAAUUGCUAAGCUUAGCUCAGCAGAAUUAAGCAUUGCAAUUCCUUUUCAUUCUCAGCCAUUAGUCGAACAUCAAUGAAAAAUUGACAGCAAAAUAUCUAUAAAUUUAGAAAAUGUCUCAUUAACUGGGUCAAUGUCAAAAAUUGAGUCUUUGCAAAAAAUAAUGAAAACCAAUUUCGAUGAAAAAUUGCUGACCUUUGAAAAAGUAAUAAAAUGAGAUAAAAUAGAUUUUGGCUUCAAAAUUGGCGAAGCUGGGAUGGAGAUGAACCAAAGAGCAGAGCCAGAAAUUACAACCCCUCCAGAAAUUGCAAUAGAGGAAAGUAAAAUCGAAAGAGAAGACUCAAAUUUGGAAUGGGACUUAAGACAUACUCCAGGAUUUCCAUUUGCUCCAGCAGGGUGGGGACAAAGUAGAGUUGUCACUUCUCCAAGCUCGGAUUUUGAUACAAUUAGGGAAUAUAGAGAAGAUUAUGGCAGUUUUAGGCCAAGGAUUGAACCAGAUUUUCCAGAAGAAGAGCCAAAAAAUGAAAGCGAUUAUUAA